GCGCCCCCGCGUCGCCGCCCGGCGCGGGCACGCGCACCUGCACCGUGACCGAGGGCAAGCACGCGCGCCUCAGCUGCUUCGUGACCGGCGAGCCCAAGCCCGACAUCGUGUGGAAGAAGGACGGGCAGCCCGUGGCCGAGGGCCGGCGACACAUGGCGUACGAGGACGCUCAGGAGAACUUCGUGCUGAAGAUCCUGUUCUGCAAACAGUCGGACCGCGGGCUGUACACGUGCACCGCGUCCAACCUCGUGGGCCAGACCUACAGCUCCGUGCUGGUGGUCGUGCGAGAGCCCGCCGUGCCCUUCCUGCGGCGGCUGCGCGACCUGGAGGUGCGCGAGAGGGACUCGGCCACAUUCGAGUGUGAGGUGCCGCUGCCCAGCACCCAGGCCACGUGGUUCAAAGAGGAGACGCGGCUGUGGGCGAGCGCCAAGUACGGCAUCGAGGAGGCCGGCUCGGAGCGCAGGCUGACGGUGCGCGACGUCACAGCCGACGACGACGCGGUGUACAUCUGCGAGACGGCGGAGGGCAGCCGUACGGUGGCGGAGCUCGCGGUGCAAGGGAACCUGACCCGGAAGCUGCCCCGGAAGACAGCUGUGCGCAUGGGGGACACAGCUGUCUUCUGCGUGGAGCUGGCUGUCCCAGAGGGCCCAGUGAGCUGGCUGCGGAAUCAGGAGGAGGUGGUGGCUGGUGGUCGCGUGGCCAUCAGCGCAGACGGCUCGUGCCACACGCUGGCCAUCUUCCAGUGCAGCCUGGAGGACGCGGGCGAGGUGGCCUUUGUGGCUGGCAGCUCCCGCACGUCCACCCAGUUCUGUGUGUCAGUGCCCAGGAGGCCACCCCUGUGUUCUCCCACUGACCCUGUGGUGAAAGCCAGGACAGAGAGCUCCGUGACCCUCAGCUGGUCUCCUCUGCCCCCUGGGGACCACCCUGUCACCAUUGACGGCUACCUUGUGGAGAGAAGGCGGCUGGGCACCUACGCCUGGAGACGGUGCCACGAGGCUGAGUGGGUGGCCACGCCCGAGCUCACUGUCACUGGGGUACCUGAGGAGGGCGAUUUCCAGUUCCGGGUGUCAGCAGUCAACAGCUUCGGCCAGGGCCCUUGCCUGGAGUUUCCGGGGACCGUGCACCUGGCACCCCGGUUGGCCGUGAGAACGCCCCUGGAGGCAGUGGAGGCAGAAGAGGGCGGCGAGGUCACCUUCUCUGUGGACCUCACGCUGGCUUCCGCCGGCCAGUGGUUCCUGGACGGGGAGGCCCUGAAGGCCAGCAGCGUGUUCAUAAUUGGGCAGGACCGCACCCGACACGUGCUCACCAUCCGAGGGGUGCCUGCCAGCCUGCACGGUGCACUGCUCAAGUUCGUGGCUGACGGCAUCGAGAGCAGCGUCCGAGUGGCUGUCCGAGGGCUGACUGCCAACAAGCCGCUGCCACCCCCACCCGCCCGGGAGGUGCUGGCCCGGCUGCAUGAGGAGGCGCAGCUGCUGGCUGAGCUGUCGGACCAGGCGGUGGCCGUGACGUGGUUGAAGGACGGCCGUGUGCUGCCCCUCGGCUCCAAGUAUGAGGUGCAGGUGGCAGCCGGGCGGCGGGCACUGCUGGUGCGUGAUGUGGCGUGGGAGGACGCCGGCCUCUACGAGUGUGUGGGCCGCGGGAGCCGCACGGCCUACCAGCUGUCUGUGCAGGGCCUUGGAUCCUUUCUGCACAAGGACACAGCAGGUGGCCAUGUGGAUGUGGUGGCGGGGGACCCGGUGCAGUUUGAGUGUGAGACCUCGGAGGCACAGGUCCAUGUGUGCUGGUACAAGGAUGGCAAGGAGCUGGGCUGCUCGAAUCCGCUGUUCUCACAGGAGGACGUGGGCAGACGGCAUCGGCUGGUGGCAUCCUCUGUCACCAGGCAGGACGAGGGCACCUACUCCUGCCGUGUGGGUGAGGACUCCGUGGACUUCCAGCUGCGGGUCUCUGAGCCCAAGGCGGUGUUCGCCAAGGAGCAGCCGGCACGCAGCGAGGUGCAGGCCGAGGCGGGGGCCAGCGCCACGCUGAGCUGUGAGGUGGCCCAGGCAAAGACGGAGGUGACGUGGUUGAAGGACGGGAAGAAGCUGGGCGCGAGCUCCAGGGUGCGCGUGGAGGCCGUGGGCUGCAGGCGGCAGCUGGUGGUGCAGCAGGCGGGCGAGGCGGACGCCGGGGAGUACAGCUGCGAGGCCGGGGGCCAGAAGGUCUCCUUCCGCCUGCGUGUCACAGAGCCCAAGGUGGUGUUUGCCGAGGAGCAGCCGGCACGCAGCGAGGUGCAGGCCGAGGCGGGGGCCAGCGCCACCCUGAGCUGUGAGGUGGCCCAGGCAAAGACGGAGGUGACGUGGUUGAAGGACGGGAAGAAGCUGGGCGCGAGCUCCAGGGUGCGCGUGGAGGCCACGGGCUGCAGGCGGCAGCUGGUGGUGCAGCAGGCGGGCGAGGCGGACGCCGGGGAGUACAGCUGCGAGGCCGGGGGCCGGAAGGUCUCCUUCCGCCUGUGCAUCACAGAGCCCAAGGCGGUGUUCGCCAAGGAGCAGCCGGCACGCAGCGAGGUGCAGGCCGAGGCGGGGGCCAGCGCCACGCUGAGCUGUGAGGUGGCCCAGGCAAAGACGGAGGUGACGUGGUUGAAGGACGGGAAGAAGCUGGGCGCGAGCUCCAGGGUGCGCGUGGAGGCCACGGGCUGCAGGCGGCAGCUGGUGGUGCAGCAGGCGGGCGAGGCAGACGCUGGGGAGUACAGCUGCGAGGCCGGGGGCCGGAAGGUCUCCUUCCGCCUGCGUGUCACAGAGCCCAAGGCGGUGUUCGCCAAGGAGCAGCCGGCACGCAGCGAGGUGCAGGCCGAGGCGGGGGCCAGCGCCACGCUGAGCUGUGAGGUGGCCCAGGCAAAGACGGAGGUGACGUGGUUCAAGGACGGGAAGAAGCUGGGCGCGAGCUCCAGGGUGCGCGUGGAGGCCGUGGGCUGCAGGCGGCAGCUGGUGGUGCAGCAGGCGGGCGAGGCGGACGCAGGGGAGUACAGCUGCGAGGCCGGGGGCCGGAAGAUCUCCUUCCUUCUGCAAGUUAAAGAGCCCAAGGUGGUGUUUGCCGAGGAGCAGCCGGCACGCAGCGAGGUGCAGGCCGAGGCGGGGGCCAGCGCCACGCUGAGCUGUGAGGUGGCCCAGGCAAAGACGGAGGUGACGUGGUUGAAGGACGGGAAGAAGCUGGGCGCGAGCUCCAGGGUGCGCGUGGAGGCCGCGGGCUGCAGGCGGCAGCUGGUGGUGCAGCAGGCGGGCGAGGCGGACGCUGGGGAGUACAGCUGCGAGGCCGGGGGCCGGAAGGUCUCCUUCCGCCUGGAUGUCACAGAGCCGGAGAGCCAGAUCCCUGAGAGGCCUGGUCGCAGGGAGCUGCUGGUGGUCAAGGAACACGAGGACAUCAUUCUGACUGCCACGCUGGCCACACCCUCGGUGGCUGCAGUGGCCUGGCUGAAGGAUGGUGUGGAGAUCCGCCGUAGCAAGCGCCACGAGAGUCGCAGCAUAGGCAACACCCACACGCUGACCGUUCGCGGUGCACAAGUGCUAGACAGUGCGGUGUACACCUGCCGAGCGGCGGAGAGGCACCAGGACUUCCCGGUGCAGGUGGAAGAGGUGGCUGCCCAGUUUUCCAAGCCACUGGUGCCCGUCACUGGGGAACUGGGCGGCACGGUGACGCUGGCCUGCGAGCUGACCCCGGCGCAGGCGGAGGUGGUGUGGCGCCGUGGGGAUGUGCAGCUGCGGCCUGGCAAGCGGAUCCGGAUGGCGGUGGAGGGUGAGGUGCGCUCUCUGACCCUGUUGGGGCUGCGUGAAGAGGAUGCGGGGGAGUACACGUGCGAGAGCCGCGACGGGCGCACGAGCGCGCACCUGGAUGUCAGCGUGCCCCGCGUGGUGCAGUUUACGACCCCGCUGAACGCGGUGGUGGCGGAGGAGGGUGGCGAGGCCAUCUUCGAGUGCGCAGUAUCGCCCAAGGAUGCGGAGGUCCAGUGGUUCCGGGACGGUGCCCCGCUGCGGCCCGACGGGAAGUUCGUAGUGUCACAGAGUGGCGCGUGCCGCAGCCUGACUGUGAAGGGCCUGGCCCUGGAGGACGCGGGCGAGAUCGCUGCGCGCGCUGAGGGCGCCUCCUGCUGUGCCGCACUGCGGGUGCGAGAGGCGCCCGUGCUGUUCCAACGGAAGCUGGUGCCCCGGACGGUGGAGGAAGGAAGCACCGUGAUCCUGGAGGUGGAGCUGUCUCGGCCCUGGCCUCAGGUCCAUUGGACACGCAACGCUGCCACCCUGGAGCCCAGUGACGACGUGGAGAUCCAUGCCGAGGAUGUGGUCCACCGCCUGGUGCUGCGCAGCGUGGGUUUCGCUGACCGUGGCUUUUAUGGCUGUGAGACGCCCGAUGACAAGACACAAGCCAAGCUCACUGUGGAGAUGCGCCAGGUUGCCCUGGUUCGGGGCCUGCAGGCAGUGGAGGCCAAGGAACAGGGCGCAGCCACCAUGGAGGUAGAGCUGUCUCACGCCAAUGUGGAGGGCAUUUGGACUCGGGAUGGUGUGCGGCUGCAGCCAGGGCCCACAUGCCACCUGGCUGUGAACGGCGCGGUCCACAGCCUCACUCUCUCAGGGUUGCAGCCCCAGGACAGUGGGCUGGUGGCCUUCCGAGCAGAAGGCGUGCACACCUCAGCAAGGCUGGUGGUUACCGAGCUACCUGUCACCUUCAGCCGUCCACUGCAAGAUGUGGUGGUGACCCAGAAAGAGAAGAUGACACUGGACUGUGAGCUGUCACGUCCCAACGUCACUGUGCGCUGGCUGAAGGAUGGUGUGGAGCUGCGGGCAGGCAAGGCUGUGGGCAUGACAGCCCAGGGCACUCACAGGAGCCUAGUUAUCUACUGCUGCGAGUUGGGGGACCAGGGCAUGUAUGUGUGUGAUGCUGGUGAUGCUCAGAGCUCUGCCUCUCUCAAGGUGCAAGGCCGAAAUGUCCAGAUUGUGCGGCCCCUGGAGGACUUGGAGGUGAUGGAGAAGGAGGGUGCCACCUUCUCCUGUGAGGUGUCCCACUGCGAAGUGCCCGGCCAGUGGUUCUGGAAGGGCAGUAAGCUGCGGCCGACUGACAAUGUGCGCAUCCGCCAGGAAGGAAAGACAUACACUCUCCUGUUCCGGAGGGUCUUGGCAGAGGACGAAGGGGAGAUCAGGUUUGUAGCUGAAAAUGCAGAAUCUCGAGCCCAGCUCCGAGUGAAAGAGCUGCCAGUGACACUGCUGCGCCCGCUGCGGGACAAGAUUGCCAUGGAGAAGCACCGUGGGGUACUCGAGUGCCAGGUGUCCCGGGCCAGUGCCCAGGUGCGGUGGUUCAAGGGUGGCACUGAGCUGCAGCCGGGCCUCAGAUACGAGAUGGUCAGCGAUGGCCUCUACCGCAAGCUGGUUAUCAGUGAUGUGCAGCCUGAGGAUGAGGACACCUACACCUGUGAUGCUGGUGAUGUCAAGACCAGUGCCCAGUUCUUCGUGGAAGAGCAGUCCAUCACCAUCGUGCGGGGCCUGCAGGAUGUGACUGUGAUGGAGCCUGCACCUGCCUGGUUUGAGUGCGAGACCUCCAUCCCCUCCGUGCGGCCGCCCAAGUGGCUGCUGGGCAAGACGGUGCUGCAGGCAGGGGCGAGCGUGGGCCUGGAGCAGGAGGGGACCGUGCACCGGCUGGUGCUGCGGCGCACAUGCUCUACCAUGACGGGGCCUGUGCACUUCACCAUUGGCAAGGCACGCUCCUCUGCCCGCCUGGUGGUCUCAGACAUCCCCGUCGUGCUGGUGCGAGCGCUGGAGCCCAAGGCGGGCCGUGAGCAGCAGUCGGUGGUGCUGUCCUGCGACUUCCGGCCGGCCCCCAAGGCUGUGCAGUGGUACAAGGAUGCCGUGCCACUUGCACCAUCUGAGAAGUUCAAGAUGGUGCUGGAGGGCCAGAUGGCCGAGCUGCGCAUCCUGCGACUCAGCCCCGCUGAUGCUGGUGUCUACAAGUGCCAGGCAGGCAGUGCAGAGACCAGCACUGAGGUCACUGUGGAAGCACGGGAGGUGAAAGUGACACAGCCGCUGCAGGAUGCUGAGGUCACCGAGGAGGGCCGGGCCUGCUUCUGCUGUGAGCUGUCCCACGAGGAUGAGGAGGUUGAGUGGUCACUCAAUGGGACGCCACUGUACAAUGAUAGCUUCCACGAGAUCACCCAUGAGGGCCAGCGCCACACACUCGUGCUCAAAAGUGUCCGGCAGGCAGACGCUGGUGUGGUUCGUGCCAGUUCCCCAAAGGUGUCAGCUGCGGCCCGGCUGGUGGUCCAAGCGAAGCCGGUGGUGUUCCUGAAGGCACUGGAUGACGUGUCAGUGGAGGAGCAUGGCACUCUGGCCCUGCAGUGCGAGGUGUCUGACCCCAGGGCCCACGUGGUGUGGUGCAAGGAUGGUGUGGAGCUGGGGCCUGGCGACAAGUACGACUUCCUGCACACAGCAGGCACGCGAGGCCUGGUGGUGCACGGCCUCGGCCAUGAGGAUGCCGGCCUGUAUGCCUGCCGUGUGGGCAGCGAGGAGACGAGGGCCCGGGUCAGCGUGCACGACCUGCACGUGGGAAUCACCAAGAGGCUGAAGACAGCGGAGGUGCUAGAAGGGGAGACCUACAGCUUUGAGUGUGUGCUGUCCCAUGAGCACACGGGCGACCCUGCCAUAUGGACGGUCGGCGGGAAGACAGUGGGCAGCUCUGGCCGCUUUAGGGCCACUCGCCAGGGCCGCAAGUACACGCUGACAGUGCGGGACGCUGCCCUGGAUGACGCUGGAGAGGUGGUCUUCUCUGUGCGGGGCCUCACCUCCAAGGCCUCGCUGCUAGUCAGAGAGAGGCCAGUGGCUAUCGUGAAGCUCCUGGAGGACCAGCAGGCCACGCUAGGGGAGGACGUGGUGCUGAGCUGUGAGCUGUCACGGGCAGGUGCCCCUGUGCGUUGGCUGAAAGAUGGAAAGGCCAUCCGCAAGGGGCAAAAGUAUGACCUGCUCAGCGAAGGUGCACGGGCCGUGCUGGUGGUGCGUGGUGCCACACUCAGGGACUCUGGCGAGUAUGUGUGUGAGACAGAUACUGCCAAGAGCACUGCCAGGCUCCGUGUGAAGGAAAAGGCAAACCAGUUCACAGAGGAGCUGACCAACCUGCAGGCCCAGGAGCAGGGCACAGCUGUGUUCACCUGCAAGACAGAACAGCCGGCUGCCACUGUGACAUGGCGCAAGGAUGCCAUGGAGCUGCGGGCCUCAGGGAAGUAUGCAGCCAGCCAGGAUGGCUUGACCCUGAGGCUCACUGUCAGCUCCCUGACGCCAGCUGACAGCGGCAUCUAUACCUGUGACAUUGGCCAGGCCCAGUCCCAGGCCCAGCUCCAGGUGCAAGGGCAGAGCGUGCGCAUCACGGAGGACCUGGAGGAUGCGGAAGUGCAGGAAGGCUCCUCAGCCACUUUCUGCUGCCGCCUGUCCCCGGCCAACUAUGGCCCGGUGCACUGGUUUCUGGACCAGACGCCCCUGCGUGCUGAUGGACUCAAUGAGAUUGAGGCCCAGCCUGGGGGCUACCAUGUGCUCACCCUGCGGCAGCUGGCGCUUAAGGAUGCGGGCACCAUCUACUUCGAGGCUGGUGACCAGCGUUCCUCCGCUGCCCUGCGGGUCACAGAGAAGCCAAGCAUCUUCUCCCAGGCACUAUCAGAUGCCACGGUCAUGGAAGGGGAGGACCUGACUCUACGCUGUGAGACCACCGCUCCAGACAGCCCGGUGCUCUGGACCAAGGAUGGGAAGACACUGCGGCCUUCCACCCGGUGCCAGCUGAGCUUCGAGGGCGGCCGAGCCGGGCUGGUCAUUACUGAUGCCAGCCUGCAGGAUGGUGGGCGGUACAAGUGUGAGGCCGGUGGGGCCUCAAGCAGCGCUAUUGUCAGGGUCCAUGCUCGGCCAGUGCGGUUCCGGGAGGCCCUGAAGGAUGUAGAGGUGCCAGAGGGCGGCGCGACCACACUUCGCUGUGUUCUGUCAUCUGUGGCCGCACCUGUGGAGUGGCGACGCGGGGAUGAUGUCCUGCGGUCCGGCAGCAAGUACGGUCUGCACCAGGAGGGCACUGUAUUGGAAUUGGUCAUCCGGGACCUGCAGCCCCUGGACAGUGGCUGCUACUCCUGCUCCUUUGGAGACCAGAAGACCUCGGCCAUGCUCACUGUGAAGGCCCUGCCGGCCCACUUCAUAGGAAAGCUGACAAACAAGGAGGCCACAGAAGGGGCCACGGCCACGCUGCAGUGUGAGCUGAGCAAGCAGGCCACCGUGGAGUGGAGGAAGGGAACAGAGACACUCAGGGAUGGGGACAGACACAGGCUGAGGCAGCACGGGGCCGUGUGUGAGCUGCAGAUCCGGGGCCUGGCCGUGGUGGACGCUGGGGAGUACUCGUGUGUGUGCGGGCAGGAGAGGACCUCAGCCACGCUGACCGUGAAGGCCCUGCCGGCCCACUUCAUAAGAAAACUGAGAAACAAGGAGGCCAUGGAAGGGGCCACGGCCACGCUGCAAUGUGAGCUGAGCAAGGAGGCCACCGUGGAGUGGAGGAAGGGAACAGAGACACUCAGGGAUGGAGACAGACACAGGCUGAGGCAGGAUGGUGCCAUGUGUGAGCUGCAGAUCCAGGGCCUGGCCGUGAUGGACGCUGGGGAGUACUCCUGUGUGUGCGGGCAGGAGAGGACCUCGGCCACGCUGACUGUGAAGGCACUGCCCAUCAGGUUCACAGAAGGUCUGAGGAAUAAAGAGGGCACGGAAGGGGACACGGCCACUCUGCGGUGUAAACUCAGCAAGGAGGCUUCCGUGGUGUGGAGAAAGGGAACAAAGACCAUCAGAGAUGGGGACAGAUACAGCCUGAGACAGGACGGGGCUGAGUGUGAGCUGAAGAUCCAGGGCCUAACUACAGCAGAUGCUGGGGAGUAUUCAUGUGUGUGCGGACAGGAGAGGACCUCAGCCACACUGACUGUCAGGGCCCUGCCCACCAAGUUCACAGAAGGCCUGAAGAAUGAAGAGGCCACGGAAGGGGCUGUGGCCACGCUGCGGUGUGAGCUGAGCAAAGAGGCCCCUGUGGAGUGGAAGAAAGGGACAAAGCUGGGGAGUACUCGUGUGUGUGCGGGCAGGAGAGGACCUCAGCCACGCUGACCAUCAGGGCCCCCCAGGUGGUAUUCCGGGAGCCGCUGCAGAGCCUCCAGGCUGAGGAGGGCUCCACAGCCCGCUUGCAGUGUGAACUGUCAGUGCCCGAUGCCCCCGUGGUCUGGAGCAAGGGUGGCCUGGAGCUGCAGGGUGACAGGCGCCGGGAGCCAAGGCUGCGGGGCUGCACCGCGGAGCUGGUGCUGCGGGACCUGCAGCGUGAGGAUGCGGGCGAGUACAGUUGCACCUGUGGGGCCCAUACUACCAGUGCCACGCUCACGGUCACAGCGGCACCCGUGCGGUUCCUACGCGAGCUGCAGGCCCAGGAGGUGGAGGAGGGGGACACGGUACGCCUGCGUUGUGAGCUGAGCCAGGCGGGUGCCAGUCUCGAGUGGCGCAAGGGUGCCCUGCAGCUCUUCCCCUGUGCCAAGUACCAAAUGCUGCAGGAAGGCUUGACUGCUGAGCUGCAGGUGUGUGGGGCAGAACCAGAAGACUCGGGUGACUACACGUGUGACACAGGCCAUGUGCAGAGCACAGCACAUCUUAUGGUCCGAGCCCCUGAGCCAAAGUUCCAGACUGGACUGCAGAGUGUGGAGCAGGAGGCAGGUGGCAUUGCCAGGCUGUGCUGCCAGCUGAGUGAGAUGGAGCCUGGGGCACCAGUGCGGUGGCUCAAGGAGGGCGUGGAGCUGCAUCCUGGCCCCAAGUAUGAGAUGCGGCGCCAGGGGGCCAUGUGUGAACUCUUUAUUCGUGGCUUGGAGGCCAAGGACACCGGAGAGUAUGCAUGUGCAGCGGGUGGCCAGAAGACCUCAGCCUCUGUCAAGGUCAACGAGCCUGAGGUGACCAUUGUACGGGGGCUGGUGGACACUGCGGCCCAGGCUGAUGAGGAUGUGGAGUUCAGCUGCGAGGUGUCGCAGGCUGGGGCCACAGAUGUGCAGUGGCGCCUGCAGGGGCUGCCGCUGCAGAACAACGAGGUGACAGAGAUGGCCGUCCAGGAUGGCCACACCUACGUCCUUCACCUGAAGGGCGUGACCCCUGAGGACUCUGGCACCGUCUCCUUCCACGUGGGUGGCCACUCGUCUUCUGCUCAGCUCACUGUGCAAGCCCCCGAGGCAACCAUCCUGGAGCCCCUGCAGAAUGUGCAGCUCAGUGAGGGCCAGGAUGCCCACUUCCAGUGCCGGCUCUCCAGGGCUUUGGGCCAGGAGGCCCGUUGGACCUUGGCCGGGGUGCCCUUGCAGGCCAACGAGAUGAACGACAUCACUGUGGAGGAGGGCACGCUCCACUCCCUCACCCUGCACAAGGUGACCCUGGAGGAUGCUGGAACCGUCACUUUUCAAGUGGGCUCUUGUAGCUCUGAAGCCCAGCUGACAGUGACAGAGGCAGCACUGUGCCUGGUUCGAGGCUUGCAGAAUGUGGAUGUCUUCGCAGGGGAGGUGGCCCUGUUCUCCUGUGAGGUGUCUCGUGCAGGGGGGCCACAGGCCCGCUGGUGGCUGGAUGGCACCCUGCUACAGAACAGCCCCCAGAGCACCAUUGCUGUAUGCGAUGGGACCAUCCACUCGCUCACGCUCUCAGGCCUGGGGGUGGCCGACUCGGGCACCGUUACCUUCCGCACUGGGCCCUUGGUGUCCACAGCCAAGCUGUUGGUCAAAGAUCCCACGGUGGAGGUGGUCAGUGCCAUGCAGGACCUGGUGGUGGAGGAGGGCAGCUCAGCUGAGCUCCUCUGCCAGUACUCACGGCCCGUGCAGGCCACGUGGAAGAUGGACGAGCGGGAGGUGUGUGCAGAUGGGCAGCGUGUCGUCAUAGAGCAGGACUGGACCGUGGCCAGGCUCACCUUCAGGCCGGCCCUGCCCUGUGACAGCGGCAUCUAUUCUUGUGAGGCCGCAGGCACCCGCGUGGUGGCACUGCUGCAAGUGCAAGCCAAGAACAUGGUGGUCCGAGGCCUGGAGAAUGUGGAUGCGCUUGAGGGGGGUGAGGCACUGUUCGAAUGCCAGCUGUUGCAGCCAGAGGUGGCGGCACACACGUGGCUACUGGAUGACCAGCCGGUGCGGACAUCAGAGAAUGCUGAAGUGGUUUACUUCGAGGGCGGCCUGCGCCACCUGCUGCUGCUCAAGAACCUGCGGCCUCAGGAUAGCUGCCAGGUCACCUUCCUGGCUGGGGAUGUGGUCACCUCCGCCUUCCUCACCGUCAGAGGCUGGCGCCUGGAGGUCCUUGAGCCCCUGCGUGACGUGGUAGUGCAGGCCGGUGGACAGGCCCGGUUCUCCUGCACGGUCAGUGAGGCGGUGCCCGUGGGCGAAGCCACCUGGUACCUCAACGGGAUGGCCGUGCUCUCAGACGACUCGGAUUGGACAGUGACUUCCGACGGCAGCCACCAUGCUCUGCUGCUGCACCGCGCCCGUCCGUGCCAUGCUGGCGAGGUCACCUUUGCUGCUCGCGAUGCAGUCGCCUCAGCAUGGCUCUCUGUGCUGGGACUCCCGGACCCCCCGGAGGAUGCUGAGGUUGUGGCACGCAGCAGCUAUGCAGUGACACUGUCCUGGGCAGCCCCCAUGAGCGACGGUGGUGGGGGUCUUCGUGGCUACCGGGUGGAGAUGAAGGAGGGGUCCACGGGCCAGUGGCGGUUGUGCCAUGAGCUGGUGCCAGGGCCUGAGUGUGUAGUGGAUGGCUUGGCCCCUGGGGAAACCUACCGAUUCCGUGUGGCAGCCGUGGGCCCGGCUGGUGCAGGGGAGCCCGUGCAUCUGCCCCAGAUGGUCCGGCUGGAGCCUGCUGAGCCUGGGCCUGCAGAGCCCAAGCCUCCUGUGCCCACGGCCCUGGAGACCCGGCAGGUGGCAGCUGGUGAGGACGUCUGUUUGGAGCUGGAGGUGGUGGCUGAGGCUGGGGAGGUCAUGUGGCACAAGGGGACAGAGCGCAUCCAGCCCAGCGGGCACUUUGAGGUCAUCUCUCGUGGCCAGCGACAGAUGCUGGUGAUCAAGGACUUCAAGGCCGAAGACCAGGGCGAGUACCGCUGUGGCCCUGCGCAGGACCCAGACACCCCGGCGGCCACCUUCCAGGUGGUGCUGAGCCCUGGCUCUGGGGAUGAGGCCCCCAUGCAGCCCAGCCUGCCUCCAGAAGCAGCCCAGGAGGGAGACCUGCACCUGCUCUGGGAAGCACUGGCCCGGAAGCGCCGCAUGAGCCGUGAGCCCACACUGGACUCCAUCAGCGAGCUGCCUGAAGAGGACAGUCGCGUGCAGCGCCUGCGGCAGGAGGCAGAGGAGGUGGCACCUGACCUCUCCGAGGACUACUCUACGGCAGACGAGCUGGCUCGCACUGGAGAGGCUGACCUCUCACACACCAGCUCAGAUGAUGAGUCGCGGGCAGGGACCCCUUCUCUGGUGACCUACCUCAAGAAGGCUGGCAAGCCUGGGGCCUCACCCCUGGCCAGUAAGAUUGGGGCCCCAGCCACCCCCUCUGUGAAGCCCCAGAAACAGCAGGAGCAGCCCACCAGCGCGCACUCACCUCCGGGAGACUCAAGCGCUGAGGAUCUCAGUGACCCCUCUCUGGAUAAGGCAGCUGUGAAGAUCCAGGCUGCCUUCAAGGGCUACAAGGUCCGUAAGGAGAUGAAGCAGCAGGAAGGGCCUGUUUUCUCCCGCACCUUUGGGGACAUGAAGGCGCAGGUGGGUGAUGUCCUGCGGCUGGAGUGUGUGGUGGCUAGCAAGGCCGAUGUGCAGGCCUGCUGGCUGAAGGAUGGCGUGGAGCUGACAGACGGACGACACCACCACAUCGACCAGCUGGGGGACGGCACCUGCUCUCUGCUGGUCACUGGCCUGGGGCACAAGGAUGCUGGCCGCUACACGUGUCAGGUGAGCAGCAGGUUCGGCCAAGCGAGCCAUAGCGCCUGUGUGGUGGUCAGCGGCACGGAGAGUGAGGCUGAGAGCUCCUCAGGGACUGAGCUGGACGAAGCCUUUCGCCGGGCUGCGCGGCGCCUGCACCGGCUCUUCCGCACCAAGGGCCCGGCCGAGGUCUCAGACGAGGAGCUCUUCCUCAGUGCGGACGAGGGCCCCGCAGAGCCCGAGGAGCCUGCUGACGAUGGGCAGACUUAUCAUGAGGAUGAGCACUUCAUCUGCAUCCGCUUCAAAGCACUCGAAGAGGCCCGCCGGGCUGCCACCUGCUUUCGGGACAUGUUCGCCACCAUGGGCGUCAAGGUGGACAUCAGCCUCACAGAGCAGGGCCCCCGGGUGGUGGAAAUGCGCAUUGGCAAGGUGGGGCCUGUCCCUGCCAUGCCGCUGGAGCCAGCGCCCGGCCUGCUGCCCUCUGAUGCUGCCCCUGUGUUCCUGACGGAGCUACAGAACCAAGAGGUGCAGGAUGGGUACCCCGUGAGCUUCGACUGCGUGGUGACAGGCCAGCCCCUGCCCAGUGUGCGCUGGUUCAAGGACGGGAAGUUGCUGGAGGAGGAUGACCACUACAUGAUCAAUGAGGACCAGCAGGGUGGCCAUCAGCUCAUCAUCACCGCUGUGGUGCCCGCAGACAUGGGGGUCUACCGCUGCCUCGCUGAGAACAGUAUGGGCGUCUCCUCCACCAAGGCUGAGCUCCGCGUGGAGCUGACCAGCACAGACUACGACACUGCGGCCGAUGCCACGGAGACCUCGUCCUACUUUAGCGCCCAAGGAUACCUGUCCAGCCGGGAGCAGGAGGGCACGGAGUCAGAUGAGGGGCAGCUGCCUCAGGUGGUGGAGGAACUGAAGGACCUGCGGGUGGCCCCAGGCACGCGCCUGGCUAAGUUCCAGCUCAGGGUGAAAGGCUACCCGGCCCCCAGGCUGUACUGGUUUAAGGAUGGCCAACCCCUGACCGCGUCUGCCCAUAUCCGCAUGACCGACAAGAAGAGCUUGCACACCCUGGAGAUUGUCAUGGUCACCCGGGAGGAUGCUGGCCAGUACUCAGCCUAUAUCAGCAAUGCUGUGGGUGCUGCCUACUCAUGCGCCCGACUGAUGGUCAGAGGUCCCGAGGAGCCUGAGGAGAAACUGGCUUCAGAUGUGCAUGAGCAGCUGGUGCCACCCCGGAUCCUUGAGAAAUUCACCCCCAAGAAGGUGAAGCAGGGCUCCAGCAUCACGUUUUCUGUGAAGGUAGAAGGACACCCGGUCCCUGCUGUGCACUGGCUCCGAGAAGAGAUGGAGAGGGGUGUGCUGUGGAUUAGCCCCAACACACCGGGCUAUACAGUGGCCAGCUCAGGGCAGCAGCACAGCCUGGUCCUGCUGGAUGUGGGCCCACAGCAUCAAGGCACCUACACCUGCAUUGCGUCCAGUGCUGCCGGCCAGGCCCUGUGCUCUGCCAGCCUGCACGUCUCCGGCCUGCCCCGGAAGGAGGAGCCAGAGAAGGCCAAGGCAGCCCUCAUCUCCUCUUUCUUGCAGGGGACUGCUCAGGCCAUCUGCGCACAGGUGUCGGAGUCUGUGGGUGUCGCCAGCCAGGCUGGGCAGAGGAAAGGGGAGGCCCUGGUGGCUGAGGAAGCACGCGGCCACCUGUCCCUUGCUGAGGUGGGCACAGAGGAGUUCCUGCAGAAACUUACCUCCCAGAUCACUGAGAUGGUAUCUGCCAAGAUCACGCAGGCCAAGCUGCAGGUGCCUGGAGGUGACAGUGAUGAGGAGUCCAGGACGCCAUCUGCGUCACCCCGGCACGGCCGGUCACGGCCUUCGUCCAGUGUGCAGGAGUCCUCCUCAGAGUCGGAGGAUGGGGACUCCCGCGGUGAGAUCUUUGACAUCUAUGUGGUCACUGCCAACUACCUCCCCCUGGGGGCUGAGCAGGAUGCCAUCGCACUUCGGGAGGGGCAGUAUGUGGAGGUGCUGGACGCGGCCCACCCGCUGCGCUGGCUCGUGCGCACCAAGCCCACCAAGUCCAGCCCAUCUCGGCAGGGCUGGGUGUCGCCCGCCUACCUGGACAAGAGGCUCAAGCUGUCACCAGAGUGGGGUCCCCCCGAGGCCCCUGAGUUCCCCGGGGAGGCCAUGUCUGAAGACGAGUACAAGUCGAAACUCAGUACUGUCAUCCGGGAGCUGCUCAGCUCGGAGCAGGAGUUUGUGGGUGAGUUGCACUUCCUCCAGAGCCAUCAUAUGCAGCACCUGGAAUGCUGUCCCCACGUGCCCACGGCCGUGGCCAGCCAGAAGGAGGUCAUCUUCCGCAACGUACGGGACAUCGGCCGCUUCCACAGCAGCUUCCUGAAGGAGCUGCAGCGCUGCGACACGGAUGAUGAUGUGGCCAUGUGCUUCAUCAAGAACCAGGAGGCCUUUGAGAAGUACUUGCAGUUUCUGGUGGGCCGUGUGCAGGCUGAGGCUGUGGUUGUCAGCACUCCGGUGCAGGAGUUCUACAAGAAGUAUGUGGAGGAAACGCUGCCCGCCAGGGACCCCUCGCAGCCCCCGCCGCUCCCACUGCAGCACUACCUGGAGCAGCCAGUGGAGCGUGUGCAGCGCUACCAGGCUGUGCUGAAGGAGCUGAUUCGAAACAAGGCCCGCAACCGGCAGAACUGUGCGCUACUGGAGCAGGCCUACGCCGUGGUGUCCGCCCUGCCACAGCGAGCAGAGAACAAACUGCAUGUGUCUCUUAUGGAGAACUACCCUGGUACCCUGGAGGCCCUCGGGGAGCCCAUUCGCCAGGGCCACUUCAUCGUGUGGGAAGGAGCGCCGGGAGCCCGGAUGCCCUGGAAGGGCCACAACCGCCACGUCUUCCUCUUCCGCCACCACCUGGUGAUCUGCAAGCCCCGGCGGGACUCGCGCACCGACACCUUCAGCUACGUGUUCCGCACCAUGAUGAAGCUGAGCAACAUCGACCUGAACGACCAGGUGGAGGGGGACGACCGUGCCUUCGAGGUGUGGCACGAGCGGGAGGACUCUGUGCGCAAGUACCUGCUGCAGGCGCGGACAGCUGUCAUCAAGAGCUCCUGGGUGAAGGAGAUCUGCGGCAUCCAGCAGCGCCUGGCUCUGCCUGUGUGGAGUGCCCCGGAGUUUGAAGAGGAGCUGGCUGACUGCACGGCUGAGCUGGGAGAGACAGUGAAGCUGGCCUGCCGCGUGACGGGCACCCCAAAGCCGGUGGUCAGCUGGUACAAAGACGGGAAGCCGGUGGAGGUGGACCCUCACCACAUCCUCAUUGAAGACCCAGAUGGCUCGUGCGCCCUCAUCCUGGACACCCUCACAGGCGUGGACUCCGGCCAGUACAUGUGCUUUGCAGCCAGUGCCGCCGGCAGUGCUAGCACCCUGGGGAAGAUCCUGGUGCAAGUCCCACCGCGGUUUGUGAGCAAGGUUCGAGCCGGGCCCUUUGUGGAGGGCGAGGACGCCCAGGUCACCUGCACCAUUGAGGGUGCCCCUUACCCUCAGAUCAGGUGGUACAGGGACGGGGCCCCACUGAGCCUAGGCGGCAAGUACGGGAUGCUGAGCGAGCCCCGCAGUGGGAUGCUGGCGCUGGUGAUCCGGGCGGCCGGCCACAAGGACCUGGGGCACUAUGAGUGCGAGCUGGUGAACCGGCUGGGCACAGCCCGAGGGGGCGCGGAGCUGAGCGUGCAGAGUCCUGUGCUCCGGGCCCAGGACCAGCACAGGGAGCCGCUCUUGGCUGCCAUGGAAGAGGCUGCCUCGGAGGACUCCGCCCACCCCACACCUGAUGGAGCCUGCCCGGAGGUGACACCUAUUCUGCAGGGGCUGAGGGGGCCCGAGGCACCAGGUCUCUCUGCAGGAGCUUCCACUGUUCCCAGCCCCCCUGGGCCACGUGCAUCCCUGGGGGCUGGGCCUCAGCCCUCAGGGGCAGGAGCCUCAGGUGCAGCUGCCAACCUCCUGGAAGGCCCGGAGCGGGAGAUGGCACUCACUGAAGGGGCCCAGGGACGGACGGUGCCUAUCCGGGCGGAAGACACAGCCUGGGUGACAGCCGGGCCAGGGCAGCUGCUCUGGGACGUCCACAGCCACGUGGUCACCGAGGCCACGCACAGGACCUAUGUGUACCAGACCACUGAUGUGGGCGCUGCAAGGCCCCCGUCCAUGCAAGUCACCAUCGAGGAUGUGCAGGUCCAAGCAGGUGGCACUGCACAGUUCGAGGCUGUCAUUGAGGGCAACCCACAGCCCACAGUGACCUGGUACAAGGACGGCAUCCAGCUGGUAGAUAGUUCCCGGCUCCAGCAGCGGCAAGACGGAACCUCAUGCUCCCUGGUACUGACAGACACGGUCCCGGGGGACGCUGGUGUCUACACCUGCAUAGCCCACAAUGCUGGUGGCCAAGUGCUCUGCAAGGCGGAGCUGCUGGUCCUCGGGGGGGACAGUGAGCUGGACUCUGAGAGACAGAGCUACCGGAGGAAGCUGCAGUCCUUCUACGAGGUCCAGGAGGAGAUUGGGAGGGGUGUGUUCGGCUUUGUGAAGAGGGUACAGCACAAGGGAAACAAGAUGUUGUGUGCCGCCAAGUUCAUCCCCCUGCGGAGUAGGACGCGCACCCAGGCCUACCAGGAGCGGGACAUCCUGGCCACCCUCAGCCACCCACUGGUCACCGGGCUGCUAGACCAGUUUGAGACACGGAAGACCCUCAUCCUCAUCCUGGAGCUGUGCUCAUCCGAGGAGCUGCUGGAUCGCCUCUUCAAGAAGAGUGUGGUGACCGAGGCUGAGGUCAAGGUCUACAUCCAGCAGCUAGUGGAGGGGCUGCAGUACCUGCACAGUCACGGCGUCCUCCACCUGGACAUCAAGCCCCCCAACAUCCUAAUGGUGCACCCCGCUCGGGAAGACAUUAAAAUCUGUGACUUUGGCUUUGCCCAAAAACUCACCCCUUUGGAGCCACAGUACAGCAAGUAUGGUUCCCCUGAGUUCGUGUCCCCCGAGAUCAUCCAGCAGGCGCCUGUGAGCGCAGCCUCCGACAUCUGGGCUGCGGGGGUCAUCUCCUACCUCAGCCUGACCUGCUCGUCCCCGUUUGCUGGUGAGAGUGACCGUGCCACCCUUUUGAAUGUCCUCGAGGGGCGGGUGUCCUGGAGCAGCCCCACAGCUGCCCACCUCAGUGCAGAUGCCCGGGACUUCAUCCAGGCCAUGCUGCAGCAGGCCCCAGAGGCCCGGCCCAGUGCCACACAGUGCCUCACUCACCCCUGGUUCUUGACGUCUGUGCCCGCUGAGGAGGCCCACUUCAUCAACACCAAACAGCUCAAGUUCCUCCUGGCCCGCAGCCGCUGGCAGCGCUCCCUGAUGAGCUACAAGUCCAUCCUGGUCAUGCGGUCCAUCCCCGAGCUGCUCCAAGGUCCACCCGACAGCCCAUCCCUUGGUGUGGCUCGGCACCUGCAUCCGGACGCCAGUGGCUCCUCCAGCUCCUCAGCCUCCUCAGACCUCGAGCUGGCGCCCUUUGCCCGGGCCAGGUCGCUGCCACCCUCCCCAACGGCCCACUCCCCCCUGCUGCACCCCCGGGGCUUCCUGCGGCCAUCAGCCAGCUUGCCUGAGGAGGCUGAGGCCAGUGCAGCCCUUACAGGGACCCCGGAAGCAUUGUGUCCGCCAGGCGUGGGGCCCCCACCUCCCGGCUGUGUGCCCAGGCACAGUGUCAUCCGAAGCCUGUUUCAUCAGCAGGCAGGUGAGGGCCCAGAGCAAGGGACUGCUGCCACGGGGGCCAGGCGGCAUGGGGCACGGCGGCGGCACCUGCUGAAGGGCGGGUAUAUCGCGCGAGCCCUGCCUGGGCUGCGGGAGCCGCUCCUGGAGCACCGCGUGCUGGAGGAGGAGGCUGCCCAGGAGGAGCAGGCCACAGUGACCCGGGCGACUUCCUUUGAGUCUGCCCUGUGGCGGCCCAGCCCAGGUACCCAUGAGGCACCAGGCCGUAGCCGCUCCCUGGACCACGACCCAUCCAGCACUAAAGACCCCUCCUCAGGGGCCUGUAUCGGAGGGCGGUGUCCAUCCCCAGCCCUGUCUGGGCUGACUUGUGGGGCCUCUGCUGGGGACCCUGCACACUGCAUGGAAGCCGGGCCACUCCCAUCUGCUGGUGGAGACUGGGCACGCAUUCCACAGGACAGAACACCACGGGAGAGCCAUGGAGAGCGCCCAGGCCCUGUCGGUCCCCCUGAGCUGGGUGGUCCUCUCCAGGAAGGCUGCAGCCUACACUCAACACAGCCUCCUGGCACCAUGGUCCUAGACCUGGCCCCAGUGAGCCCCCUGCCCAGCUCCCAGGGACCCCAUGACACCUCCCUGCCUGGGAGACCCUAUCCCGGCCCCUCCCUGGAUGCUGAAGGCUUGACCCAGCAAGCAGAGGGCCCACCAGACUCCACACCCCCUCCACAGCGGCCUCAGGAGCAGGCAACCACCCACAAGUUCUCCUUGGGGUCCCGCCGAGGGGGCUAUGCGGGUGUUGCUGGCUAUGGGACCUUUGCCUUUGGUGGGGAUGCUGGAGGCAUGCUGGGCCAGGGUCCCCUGUGGGCCAGAAUGGCCUGGUCAGUGUCCCAAUCCUCGGAGGAGCAGGAGGAGGCCAUAGCUGAGAUCUCCCAGUCCCGGACUAGCUGGGGGUCUCCGAGGGCCUCCCCAGAGCUGCCCUCAUGGGAGAAGGCGGAUCAGGUCUCCCUGGUACAGAUCCGGGACCUGUCAGAGGAUGUGGAGGCAGCUGACACCAUAUCCUUGGACAUUUCUGAGGUGGACCCUGCCUACCUCAACCUCUCUGACCUGUAUGACAUCAAAUACCUCCCAUUUGAGUUCAUGAUCUUCAGGAGGGUGUCCAAGCCCUCAGGGCCGGUGGAGCCACCCUCCCCAGAGACUGAGGCUGAGGAGGAGCUGGCCGGAUUCCCAGAGGCCAUGUGGCCCUGGCCAGGCGAGCUGGGCCUGCAUUCUGGUCUUGAGAUCACCGAGGAGGAGCCUGAUGACCUGGUAGCCCUGCUGGGAGAGGCGGCCACGGGCAGGAAGCGCAAGUGGUCGCCCUCACGCAGCCUCUUCCAGUUCCCGGGAGGUUGCCUGUCACCAGAAGAGCCCCCAGAGCGUGGGCUCCGCCAGAGGGUGAAGGAGUCCAUGGCCCACAUCUCUCGCGUGCUGAAGGGCAGGCAGCAAGGUCAAGAGAGGGAGGCACCCCCCAGGAAGAAAGUGGGCCUAGCCUCCUUCCGGCUGUCAGGCCUGAAAGGCAGAGACCAUGCGCCGACCUUCCUAAGGGAGCUCUCGGAUGAGGCUGUGGUCCUGGGCCAGUCAGUGACACUGGCCUGCCAGGUGUUGGCCCAGCCAGCUGCCCAAGCCACCUGGAGCAAAGAUGGGGCCAUCCUGGAGAGUAGUGGGCGCAUCCUCAUCUCCUCCACCCUGAAGAACUUUGAGCUGCUGACCAUACUGGUGGUGACAGAUGAGGACCUGGGCGAGUACACCUGCAGCAUGAGCAACCUGCUGGGGACAGCGGCCAGCAGGGGUGUCCUGCGGAAGGCAGAGCGCCCCUCCUUCUCCCCACGCCCUGACAUCGGAGAGGUGUAUGAAGACGGGGUGCUCCUGGUCUGGAAGCCUGUGGAGUCCUGUGGCCCUGUGACAUACAUUAUACAGUGUUGCGUGGAAGGUGGCAGCUGGACCACGCUGGCCUCUGACAUCUUCGACUGCUGCUACCUCACCAGCAAGCUGCCCCGGGGUGGUGUCUACGCCUUCCGCACGGCAUGCGUCAGCAAGGCGGGCAUGGGCCCCUACAGCAGCCCCUCAGAGCAGGUGCUCCUGGGAGGGCCCAGCCGCCUGGCCUCUGAGGAGGAGAGCGGUGGGAGGCGGCCGGCCCAACCCCUGCCCAGCACCAAGACCUUCGCCUUCCAGAUGCAGAUCCGGAGGGGCCGUUUCAGCGUGGUACGGCAGUGCCAGGAGAAGGCCAGUGGCCGGGCACUGGCUGCUAAGAUCAUUCCCUACUGGCCCGAGGACAAGAUGACAGUACUCCGGGAAUACGAGGCCCUCAAAAGACUGCGCCACCCGCACCUGGCACAGCUGCACGCCGCCUACCUCAGCCCUCGGCACCUGGUGCUCAUCUUGGAGCUGUGCUCGGGGCCUGAGCUACUCCCCAGCCUGGCUGAGAGGGCCUCCUACUCAGAGUCGGAGGUGAAGGACUACCUGUGGCAGAUGCUGAGCGCCACCCAGUACCUGCACGCCCAGCACAUCCUGCACCUGGACCUGCGGUCUGAGAAUAUGAUGGUCACAGAGUAUAACCUGCUUAAGGUUGUGGACUUGGGCAGUGCCCAGAGCCUCCAUCAGGAGAAGGUGCUGCCCUCCGAGAGUUUCAAGGACUACUUGGAGACCAUGGCUCCAGAGCUCCUGGAUGGCCAGGGGGCUGUCCCGCAAACGGACAUCUGGGCCAUCGGUGUGACGGCCUUCAUCAUGCUGAGUGCUGAGUACCCGGUGAACUGCGAGGGGACCCGCGACCUGCAGAAGGGGCUGCGCAAAGGGCUCAUCCGGCUGAGCCGCUGCUAUGCUGGGCUGUCUGGUGGCGCCGUUACCUUCCUUCGGGACGCGCUGAGCGUCCAGCCCUG